GUAAAUACCAGUGGGAUCUACAGCAUUAUUCCUGUGAACAGCCCUGAUUUCUUUGACGUGUACUGUGAUAUGGUCACUGAUGGAGGAGGAUGGACGUUGUUUCAGAAGCGCAUGGACGGCUCUGUUGACUUCUAUAGUAAUUGGACUGCGUACAAAAACGGCUUUGGAAAUCUAAGUGGAGAACUUUGGUUAGGUAACGACAAGAUCCAUCUCCUGACUGAACAAGACAGCUAUGAGCUGCGUGUGGAUAUGGAGGACGCGGACGGUAUCUGGGCGUACGCACACUACGGCCAUUUUGCUGUCUCAUCAGAGUCGGCCAACUAUCGAUUAACUGUUGGAACAUAUUCUGGAACUGCAGGUGAUUCGCUCAGGCGUCAGAACGGUUGUGCUUUCAGUACGUAUGACAGAGAUCAUGACACCUGGGACAACGGUAGCUGUGCUCGAAAAUACAAGGGGGCGUGGUGGUAUCAAAACUGUCACCAUUCGAACUUGAACGGCCUGUAUCACCUUGGUAACCACACGUCAUUCGCUGACGGGGUCAACUGGCACCACUUCAGAGGGCGUAACUAUUCUUUGAAAACAACGGAAAUGAAAAUCCGUCCUGGUCACUUUUAG